AUGACUGACCAAGCACCACUCGCAGCGUCCCUACCACAGCGCUCUUCUAUUCCUCCCAUGAACCGACCCAAGACGAGACGCGAGCCAUCGGGCGUUUCAGCUUUGAAUGAGGGACAGCCCGCCUACUACAGUCCUGUACCAGAUGAGCGUAUCUGGCCAGACUCGGACUCGGAGUUUGAGUUCAAUCCCGAAGACCUUCAAUGGGACGUAGGUGGUGCCGACGAUGAAGGCGAGCAUCUUGACAAAGGCGACGAUAGCUCUGACUAUUCUUACAACGAGUCCGCCACUCAACACGAGCUUCAGGUGGGCGCCUCAGCGCUCCCAUCGGACCAUAUGGAUACCGAUAUCAGCGCCAAUAAAGGCCUCACCAAGGCCCAGAAUCUCCGAAACCAGAUGAAGCAAAGGCUGAGAAUACUCAUGAAUCGAGGUAUACUUCGCAGCUCCGUCACCACUGCCCUCGCCAUUCCCCUGUGGUAUCUCGAUAAGAUUAUCAAGUCAACAAGCGAUUCGGUUCCCGGUCAGAGAAAGUACGAGGGAUAUGCGAUACAUAAGUUACCCAGACGAAGCAUCAGCAAGGCCGAAAGGCGCGCGGGGAUGUACUCUUUCCUGGACCCGAAGACCGCAAGCAAGGCUGGCAUGCUCCUGAAGGUGCUUCUUACGAGUGAGAGUAACACGCCGAGGCCCGCUCGGAUCUCAAAGCGUACGGGAGCCACUCUGCCCAGCCGCCGGUCUAGAGUGGGGAGCUACGGUCAACAUCUCGGACGACUGGCAGCUGCGUAUUUCACGCUUGAUGAUCGAGGGGUCCGCUGUACCAGGGAUGUGGACACACGUCGUGUAAAGCUCAAUUGGCUCAGGGACGUACUCGAGCGGACGGACCCGGAGACCGCGACUGGGGCUGGAGAGGCGGGCAAGGUGCGGACCCGGUUCGUCAUACACAACACAGCUCCGAAAGGCGAACCGAUGGCGCCUAUCCUACUCGAUUUGGGGGAGACAAUCGGUUCUGAUGAUGAGGGCGAGACGGUCUCUUUGGUUUCCGGCCAGUGGAUCAACAAAUAUCGUGCAACGCGGGGCGACAGAUAG